CACACUCUCCCCCUCUCUGAGGAGAGCUGCAAGACUCUGGAGACUUUACCUCCUUCCCACUUCUCUGCCUGCCUUCCUUCUCCCACAACAACCUUCCAGACUUCUGUUACAUACGAUCAGCACAGUCACGACUGAAGCACCAUGAACGAAGGUCUACCACAGCUCUGUGCACUUCUCUUUAUUUGUCUGACAUUGUAAAAGACUCUGCAUGUCGUGAUGGAUAUCUAAGCUGGACCAAUGCUCAAACCACAGCCUGUUCUUCUCAGAAACUCGGGAACGUCAGUCCUCGAGCUCAGACAUCAGACGCCAGACAUCAGGAGGAACUUUAAGGGGCAUUAUAAGGGACAUGUGUAACUGUCUGGAAAAUGGAUCCAAGCAGCAGUGACUGCACUGAGAGGAUGCUUCUGCUUGGGGUUGCCUCCAACCCCCACUAUGACAUCUCUGACCUCCGCCACAAGGGUAAAAUCGUCUUUCAGAAGACACUCGGGCGAUGUUUCAACGGUCAAAACAGAGGGGCAAAUUAUGCCAGCAGCACCAAAGCCCCUCCUACUGAUGAAGCCCCUCCCCCUUGGUCUGAAAGCCCCUCCCGCUCCAGGCAGACACACCCACAGGCUGGCAGUCUGUCGUGGCAGGCAGCGAUCAAUGCUGCGAGAAGCGCCAAGGGUGACAACCCUCAGACGAUGAGCGGGCAGUCGGUGGCGGGCUCUGCUCCGGUGGGCUCCCUGUCCCAGAGGAAGAGGCAGCAGUACGCCAAGAGCAAGAAACAGGGCAGCUCCACCAACAGCCGACCCCCGCGGGCGCUCUUCUGCCUCACCCUUAACAACCCUAUACGCAGGGCCUGCAUCAGUCUGGUGGAGUGGAAACCUUUUGAUAUCUUUAUAUUGCUCUCUAUUUUUGCCAACUGUGUGGCCUUAGCUGUUUACGUCCCCUUCCCUGAAGAUGAUUCAAAUUCUACCAAUCAUGACCUGGAAACAGUAGAAUAUGCCUUCCUGAUCAUUUUCACUAUUGAGACCUUUCUGAAGAUCAUAGCCUAUGGACUGGUGAUGCACCAAAACUCCUACGUUAGAAACGGUUGGAACAUGCUGGACUUCGUAAUCGUCAUCGUGGGCCUGUUCAGCGUGGUCCUGGAAUUUUUGACCAAAGAGGGAGAUUCAAGUCAGUCUGGAGGGAAACCUGGUGGGUUCGAUGUGAAGGCCCUGCGAGCGUUCCGAGUGCUCCGCCCCCUCCGUCUUGUCUCAGGAGUACCCAGUUUACAGGUAGUGCUAAACUCUAUUAUUAAAGCCAUGGUUCCUCUGCUGCACAUCGCUCUGCUUGUACUCUUCGUCAUCAUCAUCUAUGCCAUCAUCGGCCUGGAGCUCUUCAUUGGGAAGAUGCACGCCACUUGUUACAUGAAUGGCUCACGUACAUUAGCCGAUGAAGAAUCUGCUCCUUGUUCGUUGUCAGGCCAUGGGCGCCACUGCACAGUUAAUGGCACACUUUGUAAAGAUGGCUGGCAGGGGCCCAACAACGGCAUCACCAACUUUGACAACUUCCUGUUUGCUAUGCUCACAGUGUUUCAGUGUAUAACUAUGGAGGGCUGGACGGAGGUGCUGUAUUGGAUGAAUGAUGCGAUGGGCUUUGAGCUGCCGUGGGUCUACUUCGUCAGUCUGGUCAUUUUUGGCUCCUUCUUUGUGCUCAAUCUCGUUUUGGGUGUUCUCAGCGGAGAGUUCUCUAAGGAGCGAGAGAAGGCGAAGGCUCGUGGAGAUUUCCAGAAGCUGCGGGAGAAGCAGCAGCUAGAGGAGGAUCUGAAGGGCUACCUGGACUGGAUCACCCAGGCUGAAGACAUCGACCCGGAGAACGAUGAGGAGGGAGACCAGGAGGGUAAACGCAACCGGGUGACGAUGGCCGAUCUCACCCAGAAGAAGAAGGCAGGGAAGUCUGGCUGGUUCAGUCAGUCUACAGAGACUCAGGCGAGCAUGCCCACCAGUGAGACCGAAUCCGUUAACACAGACAACCCCAACGGUGAGGACGACAAGGCUCGCUGCUGUGGACCAAUCUGUCAAAAAAUUACAAAGUCAAAGUUCAGUCGUAGCUGGCGACGCUGGAACAGAUUCUGCCGCAGGAAAUGCAGAGCAGCAGUUAAAUCCACCACCUUCUAUUGGCUGGUUAUUCUCCUGGUGUUCCUUAAUACUCUCACCAUAUCCUCUGAACACUACAAUCAGCCUGACUGGCUCACUGAAGUACAAGAUGUGGCCAAUAAGGUGCUGCUGGCCAUGUUCACGUGUGAGAUGCUGAUUAAGAUGUACAGUCUGGGACUGCAGGCUUAUUUUGUGUCCCUGUUUAACCGCUUCGACUGUUUCGUGGUGUGUGGCGGCAUCGUUGAGACCAUCCUGGUGGAGCUGGAGAUCAUGUCGCCACUCGGCAUCUCUGUCUUCCGCUGUGUUCGUCUCCUCCGGAUCUUUAAGGUCACCCGUCACUGGGCAUCUCUCAGUAACUUAGUUGCAUCUCUGUUGAACUCCAUGAAGUCCAUUGCAUCCUUGUUGCUGCUGCUCUUCCUCUUCAUCAUCAUCUUCAGUCUGCUCGGCAUGCAGCUCUUCGGCGGCAAAUUUAACUUUGACGAGACUGUGACUAAGAGGAGCACCUUCGACAACUUCCCUCAAGCCUUGCUCACCGUUUUUCAGAUCCUGACAGGUGAAGACUGGAACACAGUAAUGUAUGAUGGGAUCAUGGCAUAUGGAGGCCCUUCUUCCUCUGGAAUGGUGGUGUGCAUUUACUUCAUCAUUCUCUUCAUCUGCGGAAACUACAUCCUGCUGAAUGUCUUCUUGGCCAUCGCUGUGGACAACUUGGCAGAUGCUGAGAGUCUAAACACAGCACAGAAAGAGGAAGAAGAGCAGAACAAGAGGAGGAAGAAAGCCAGGAGUGGCAGCACAGACAAAAAAGAGGAGAAGAAAACGGAAGGUCAGGAAGAUGAAACUAAGAUUCCAUUAGAGGAGGAUGCUCACAAUGAGGAAAGAAAGGCAGCCAUUAAUUCUGCAGGUGAAGAUGAUGAGGAUGAGCCCGAGGUUCCACCAGGACCCCGUCCACAGAGGUUGUCAGAACUUACCAUCAAAGAGAAGACUCCUCCCAUUCCAGAGGGCAGCGCCUUCUUUAUCUUCAGCAACACAAAUCCGAUUCGUGUAAGUUGUCAUCGUCUGAUCAACCACCAGAUCUUCACCAACCUCAUCCUUGUCUUCAUUAUGCUGAGCUCCGUCUCACUGGCAGCAGAAGACCCCAUUAGAAGCUACUCUGCAAGAAACAUUGUUCUAGGCUAUGCUGAUUAUGUCUUCACUAGUAUAUUUACCUUUGAGAUCCUAGUGAAGAUGACCGCUUUUGGGGCAUUCCUGCACAAAGGAGCAUUCUGCAGAAACUACUUCAACCUGCUGGAUCUGUUGGUUGUUGGAGUCUCUUUGGUGUCCUUUGGCAUACAGUCCUCAGCUAUCUCUGUGGUGAAGAUUCUCCGAGUGCUGCGUGUGCUUCGGCCACUAAGAGCCAUCAACAGAGCGAAGGGACUGAAGCAUGUGGUGCAGUGUGUGUUUGUGGCCAUCAGAACCAUCGGCAACAUCAUGAUAGUCACGACUCUCUUGCAGUUCAUGUUUGCCUGUAUUGGGGUACAGCUUUUUAAGGGGAAGUUCUACCGGUGCACAGAUGAAGCUAAAUCCAGUCCUGAAGAAUGCAAGGGAACAUACAUUUUGUACAACAUUGGGGACAACGCUUUGCCACAAGUGCGGGAGAGGAUCUGGUUUAACAGUGACUUCAACUUUGACAAUGUCCUGAUGGCCAUGAUGGCCCUCUUCACUGUGUCAACCUUUGAAGGCUGGCCAGCCCUUUUAUACAAAGCCAUAGACUCCAACCGAGAGAACAUGGGUCCCAUCUACAACUACCGUGUGGAGAUCUCCAUCUUCUUCAUCAUCUACAUCAUCAUCAUUGCCUUUUUCAUGAUGAACAUCUUUGUAGGUUUCGUCAUUGUUACCUUCCAGGAACAAGGAGAAAAGGAGUAUAAAAACUGCGAGCUGGACAAAAACCAGCGGCAGUGUGUGGAAUAUGCAUUAAAGGCCCGGCCGCUGAGAAGAUACAUUCCUAAAAACCGCUAUCAGUAUAAGUUCUGGUACGUGGUGAACUCUGCUGGCUUUGAAUAUGUGAUGUUCGUCCUCAUCAUUCUCAACACGCUCUGCCUGGCCAUUCAGCAUCAUGGUCAGUCUCAUCUCUUUAACUACGCCAUGGACAUUCUUAACAUGGUGUUCACUGGAGUCUUCACUGUAGAAAUGAUUCUCAAACUCGUUGCCUUCAAACCCAGGGGUUAUUUUGGCGAUGCCUGGAAUGUGUUUGAUGCCCUGGUCGUCAUUGGCAGCGUAGUAGACAUCAUUCUGAGUCAGGUAGAUGCUGAGGGCAGAGCUUGGACAGAAGCUCCCAUAAUUGUGGCAGUGGAGCCAGGGAAUACAGAGGAUAGCGCUCGAAUUUCCAUCACGUUUUUUCGUCUGUUUCGAGUUAUGCGCUUGGUGAAACUGCUGAGCAGAGGGGAAGGCAUUCGGACUCUUCUCUGGACUUUCAUCAAGUCAUUUCAGGCUCUGCCAUAUGUUGCUCUGCUGAUAGCCAUGCUCUUCUUCAUCUACGCUGUUAUUGGGAUGCAGGUCUUUGGGAAGAUUGCUAUGGUGGAUGGAACCAGCAUUAACCGCAACAACAACUUCCAGACAUUUCCACAGGCUGUACUCCUGUUGUUUAGGUGUGCAACAGGAGAGGCUUGGCAGGAGAUCAUGCUAGCUUGUUUGCCUGGUAAACUGUGUGAUUCAGAGUCUGACUACAACCCAGGAGAGGAGAAAACCUGUGGCAGCAACUUUGCAAUCAUCUACUUCAUCAGUUUUUACAUGCUCUGUGCUUUUCUGAUCAUCAAUCUGUUUGUGGCCGUCAUUAUGGACAAUUUUGACUAUCUGACACGCGACUGGUCAAUUCUAGGACCUCAUCAUUUGGAUGAAUUCAAAAGAAUUUGGUCAGAGUAUGACCCAGAGGCUAAAGGCAGGAUUAAACACUUGGACGUGGUGACUCUACUGCGUAGGAUUCAGCCACCACUGGGUUUUGGCAAACUCUGCCCCCACAGGGUGGCGUGCAAGAGGCUGGUGGCCAUGAAUAUGCCUUUAAACAGUGAUGGUACCGUCAUGUUUAACGCCACCCUCUUUGCUUUGGUCAGAACUGCACUGAAGAUCAAGACAGAAGGAAAUCUGGAGCAAGCCAAUGAGGAGCUGAGGGCUGUUAUCAAGAAAAUCUGGAAGAGAACCAGUACCAAACUUCUGGAUCAAGUGGUGCCCCCUGCAGGAGAUGACGAGGUAACGGUGGGCAAGUUCUAUGCCACUUUCCUGAUACAGGACUACUUUAGGAAAUUCAAGAAACGCAAAGAGCUAGGUCUUGUGGGACGACACACUGCCACGCUUAACACCACCAUCGCAUUACAGGCUGGUCUUCGUACACUGCAUGAUAUCGGCCCUGAGAUUCGUAGAGCCAUAUCAUGUGACCUACAGGAUGAAGGCCUGGUGGAUUUCAACCCUGACGAGGAAGAAGAGAUAUACAGGAGAAAUGGUGGACUUUUUGGAAAUCACCUGAAUCAUGUAAACGGAGACCACAGAGGACCCACCCACUCCACGAAUGUCACCCAGCGGCCACUACAAGUCCCUCCUCUUCCCUUCUACGUCCAGGUGGAUCCCCCUCCACAUCCGCUCUACUCCCCAAAUCAGGACUCGCAUCAUUAUUCCCAAGCGAACCCCAAAUCUUCAUACCUCAAAUCGCCCAAAUCCUCAAACUCCAACCUCAACAAUGCCAAUGUGCCAUGUGGGCCCACCCUAUCCAAUGAGGGGCAAUGCCCACCUCACGCUGACGGGCCCAGGAGCCGGGAUUCCUCCCUGGGUUCCUACCUCAACCUCAGGAGUGAUGGAGAAUCACAACAGAAGUCUCACGUUAAGAGACCACGAUACUAUGAGACCUACAUUAGGUCAGAUGCGACAGCUGGCUGCUAUCCCAACGUCUGCCGGGAAGACUCUACUCGUGGGGAACUCAGCGAUGACGACAGAGCCUCAGGGGAGUACUACAGUGGAGAGGAGUAUCAGGAGGAGGACCUCAUGCUUUCUGGAGACAGGAGGUCGCACAGGGAGGGUCAGUACACAGUGAGUGACACUGAGCCAGACACUCCUGACGGGUACCAGGAGCCCGAGUGUUUCUAUGAUGAUGAUGAGCAGCCCAUUGUCCAGGAAUCCAAGAAGUCACCCAGGAGGAGGCUUCUCCCCUCUACUCCCCAGACCCCUCUUCGGCCUUCCUUCAACUUUGAGUGUUUGCGCAGACAUAGCAGCCAAGAUGAGAUUCCCCUUUCACCCUCAUUUCAUCAUCGUACUGCUCUACCUCUGCAACUAAUGCAGCAUCAGGUAAUGGCUGUAGCUGGACUAGACUGCAGCCGACUCUCUCCUACUCGCUCUGUUCACUCAUGGGUCACGCCCCCGGCCACGCCCCCAUCCUACACCCCUUUGAUCCAGGUGGACUGGCAUGGAGCUCCGCCCAGCUCCAGCAGCACGCCUGCGAUUGCUCGUCGCAGCUCAUGGUACACCCAGCACGGGCGUGAGCGACCGCACAGAUUGGCCACGCCCACCCGAUCCCACCUGCAGAUCCCACCUGGCUACAGCAGUCAGUACCUGCAGCAAAGAGGCAGUGCUCACAGUCUGGUAGAGGUGGUGCUGAUAUCAGAGGGACUUGGAAAAUAUGCAAAGGACCCAAAGUUUGUUGCGGCAACAAAACACGAGAUUGCAGACGCGUGUGAAAUGACCAUUGAUGAAAUGGAGAGCGCCGCUAGUAACUUAUUGAAUGGCAGUCUGGGAGAUGUGGCGGGAUCAGACAGCACUGGCACACCCCAGAGCAACACGGACCAUAACCUCCAGGACUACAGUGAUGAGGAGGUGGAGACGAGCAGAAAGUAUGAGGAGGACCUCACAGACGAAAUGAUAUGCAUCUCAAAUUUAUAGCAUUUUCUUUAAAAAAAAUGUGGAAAAAAAAAACAAUAAGCAAACAAACAAAAACUAAUGAAAGAAGAAAUAGUGCCUUUUGGGGAGUGGAGAAAAGGAGCUCUCUGGGUUGAUCAAUCAAGCAAAAUUCUGUUCUUAACCCUCCAACUUUCAUCGGAUGUUCUUGGGCACGGCUUGCUGCAGGGAAUUAUUUGCCGGAAUGUGGGGAAAGCUCUGAAAUGCAUGUUGGUUUUCCAAUAGGCUUUUUAAAAGAAAUAUUUUUCCACAUUCUUCACAUAUCAACCAAAACAAGUCUCCUUUUUGCAGUCAUAUCCCUCUCCAUUGCCUUACCCAUGUGCACAGAAGACACAGAUGAGGGGAAAAUUAUGUUCAGUUCUGUAAAACUGUUUUGGUACACUGCCAUUCAUUGCUCAUUCCUAAUGUUACCCAGGAAGAAGCCACAGAGUAACCAGCUCAGCAAUAUACAGUAUAUCACAUUCACCAACCAUAGUUUCAAACUUUUAGGACACAGCUUUCAAUGUUUCACAGGUUUCUCCCUUUACGCAUACACAGUGCAGAUUCAGCAAGCUCUCCCCGGGUUUAUUAAGCCACUUUGAAUCAACUUCAAUUUUAUUUUAGGAUAUUUUGACAUAAGAAAACCACAAGUAUAGCAAUAUUCAACCCUGCUUUUGGAGAACAGUGAAAUCAUGGUGUUUCUAAAGCUUACUGGUAAAUGUUGUUUUGCCUUUUAAUGACGUUGUAGUGUUUUACAUAAGCUAUGUGAAAAUGUUCUGAGCCAAUGUGAAUGCAAAAUGCACACGAUAUGUAUUAGACCUACUGCACUCUCUUCUUAUGAACUCACAUAACCUUUAGUCUGAUCUGUAUAUAGUAAGCUCACCAGCCUCCAAUGCUGGCUUAUGCUUCUGCUUGCCUUAAAAACAUUCUCAUUCUAAGCCCACUCUUCUCUGUAAAGUUGUUGCAUUUUUAGGGAUGCAUCAUGGCAACUGAGAAUAUAAAAAAUAAAAAAGCACUGGAGAAGAACUGAGGGUAGCAGGAUUAGAGCUCUGUCAUUAAGGCAAGGGGACAAAGAACUGAGUACAUCCCAGCCCUGUUUAACUGUAUUUAUUUAUUUAUUUAUUAAUUGAGUUUUACAUUUAUGAGAGUAAUCUUCACUGCAGGCUGUGCUUUUAUGCAUAUCGUGUGCAUGUGUAGUGUAGAUUAAUGCAUCACCAAUGACUGUAGAAAACAUGGAAACUGUGGUUCCAUCCCCUUCCAUUCUUUUUUUUUUUUUAAAAAUGAAGCCAAAUCUACAUUAAAAUAAGUCAAAAUGAACAGUGCAUUUUAAACAGUAUUCGGUUCAGACCUGGGGCAUCAUGUACUCAAGACUUGGCAUGGAAUUCCUGUUGAAUAAAAAUAAAGCACAAUAAAAUCCAGAUGUAAAAAAUAUUCAUAGGCAGAAUCCCAAGCACUCUCUUAGUGCAUCAUGAUUAACUUCAUAUUGAGCACACCUAAACAAGCAGAACACUCAGCCUUGUCCCCUCCCUCAAUUACGCAGAUUAUAAUUUGCUAAUUAAUACGGACAAGCCUAGGAAUACUCUUAUUAGAAAAAUAGAAAAGAAAAGGAACUUAACUGAUUGUGAAUUGGAGGUUUUCUUGUUGGAGCUAGAGGCCAAAAAAUGUUUAUUUGAUCCCUGUCCUCCGGAUAAACAAUAAACGCUUAAGAGUUGAAUGCCAGACUUCAUUAUUGGGGCAAAAAUCAUAUUGUACCACAGUUAGGUCUGACCCUGCAAUGUGAUUGGCUGAGAUUCGUUCUAUUAGUGCCAUUAUCAGCCGGUAAUGCACUGUAACCGAAGCUCUCAAUGUAUUACCCCACCACAUACAGACAUACACCACCACAAAUAGGAAAAUGCGCUUUAAACAUAAAACCACGGCUGCUCAAAUCACGGCAGAAUUCAAUGUGCACCUCAACUCUCCUGUUUCCACCAGAACUGUCCGUCACCACAAUAAAUUAUUGUGGUCUAAAACCAGGUGUUUCAGUUUCAUUGUCCAACCCCUGUAAAUCAACCACUGCAGCAUUUUACACACACUAAUAUAAUCUAGGCUAAGUGGAUACACAUGAAUAAUCAAUGAAUAAUUAUUUCAGUUGUCUUACUGAGUAAUUUGCUGAUUUUAAUCAAUAAUGGCUUACUAUAAUAAGCGUGUGAAAGAUCUUAAGUCUUAUUAUUUGCCAUUUCAGUGCAUCGACUCUAAGUGUCGCUAACCGACAAAAACACAUUAGAAAUAUUAGAAACAUACAGACGCCUGAACUGAAACUGACGUAAAGGAAACGGACAUUCUCACGCUCAAGUCACACUUAGUACAUCUGACCGUAAACGUGAAAUAUGACCUAAGCAAUGUUUUUGUAUGUACAAACCUUUAGUACAUGAGUCUCCAGGAUAUAAAUGUGAAGAGAGAGCUGGCAGAGAGCUGUGGAGAACUUGGUACACAAAUUGGCAGUUUAUCAAACAAGGAUUAAGCCUAGUUUUGGAGUAAACUGCAUUUUGAAUAGAGAUUCUCCAUUGAAAGGCAAAAGUUAGUCUAGGACUAGGCUUAAUCCCUGUCUGGAAAACCAUCCCAUAGUGUCUGUUAAUGCAACCAACAGCACAGUAACAGCACACGAUCAACUACAGUAAGAUUAACUAGGUAGUUAAUGCCUUCUGCUGUAGCCAAGGCCUUCUCACAUUAUGGUAAAUUAAUGAUUUGGGGAAAAAACUGUGAAAAUGUGUAAAAAUGUGUCAAUGCUAGCACAGGAAAAUGAACUGUUGGGAUUAGACCCUGGAUAUGGAAAGAUAGCUUAGAGGCUUAAAAUAAGAAUUCUUUGUAAUGGAAACAUAUGGGGAUUACCAGAACUGCACGUCAUACUGCAACCAGCCAGAAGAGGCGCUUGACCUGUUUUUGGCUUCACUUUUAAAAGACGUUUUCCUGUCCACACUUUCUACAGUCAUUGUGCAUUACCAAUGCUGCUUUAUAUGUCGAUACAAGAAACCAUUUUGUACUUUUUGUACAGAAAAAAAAACAAAAUAGAAAUCACAUUCAGACACCAUAUUUUUGAUUCGCUUGUCUAGAAUAGGUGAUGUACAGUUUUCAUGUUGGAAAAGAAUUUUCCAAAAAUGUUGUACUUUUUUUUUUUUCCCUUCCUUCCUUUUUUGAACAGUUUGAAAAAUGCAUGUGAAACCUCCUGUUUUCCACAUCACUCGCUCCUACUCCUCAGGUGACCUGAUCAUGUGAAGUACUACCUACACGUCUGCACUACCCAAUAGCUGCUAACUCCUCACUGCACCUUUGCUACCUCUACCAAUCAAGGUCUAACAAAGUCCAAAGACAUUGGGAUAGAGCGUGCAAAACCCUCAGAGACCAGAACUGAGAGCUGAACCCGUUAGCCAUUGCCCACUUCUUCUUAUAUUAACCCUAAAGAACCAGAGGGGCUGUUACCAAAACUGCUCUAACACGAGCUGCAUGUCUCCGUCAUAUCGUCAUCCACAAGCUGCUAUCUGAGUGGGCUUUCUGAGAGAGGGGGAGCUACACACAUUGCCGUCAAUGAAGGAAAGCUAGUGAGUGAAACUGGUUUAGUAGCUUUUGUUUGUUGUAAACCAGGCAGCAGCCAUUCACAUGAAGCUGUCCAGUCUACUGAAUGUCUACCAGCAAAUUAGGAAGAGCAAACAAGGUUGAAUGGAUGGUUGAAUUUAACACAGACUGAAAAUGUAAAAUGUCCAGAACAACCCAUUGGAUGAUUUUGGCCAAAGUGAAAGAAAAGUCUUCAAUAAUUCAAGCUUUUUAUUGCCUGUAUUUUGGGAAAUCUUUUGCUGGAUGCUGAGAGUCUAGUCUAGGCUUGGGUAUAUUCUAAGAUUUGGCCUAUUAUAUGAAAAUAACAGCUUGUCCAUCAUUUCUGUCAGCCCUGAGGAUGUUAGAAACCACUUACCAGGUACUGCUGGUGCCUGUUGUAUAAAUCGCCCACUUUUCAGGGUGUUUACUCCCAGGAUCUUUAAGUCUUGAAUCUUUAAACAAAGGAAAUCCUUUGUUUGCUGAGCCAUAGAGCUUUCUUCACCCUUUUACUUCUUGCCUACACACCUUUUAACCUACAGACUGCCUUUAUGCACUUUUCCAAGCUACUGUACACAAAAGAGAAUCUUUUAUAAACUACAUUUGAUGAAAUCAAGUCACAUUGGUCUAGGUGAGCAUACAUUACAUAUCAGUGUUUUUUUGUUUUUUUACACUUCAGAGUAAGUUUGUACACUCCAUUCAUCACUUUAUACUCGA